AUGUUGGAGGAGGAGUGCCGGAUCUCACUUUGCAAGCCAUUAUGCGAGAAAUGGAGCGAUUGUUUGAUCGCAAGCUUGAACCAAUCGAAGACCGCUUAUAUUGAGUUGAAAUCCGAGGACAACGCAAGCGACUUUCGGAAGAUGCAAAGGCGAGAACGAGAGCAACCAAUUGACAACUUUGAUGAAGGAGAAUCCGAAGGUGACCACUUGUCUGAACAAGGAAACCCUCAACGGUUCCAACGAAAUCGAGUCCCAAGAAAUCGAGACCGUCCGGAUGACAAUCUCAAAAAUAUUAAGAUGUCUAUUCUGCCGUUUCAAGGGAAGAAUGAUCCCGAAUCUUACUUGGAGUGGGAAAAGAAAAUGGAACUCGUCUUUGAGUGCCAUAACUACUCGGAAAAUAAAAAGGUAAAGCUCGCUGCCAUUGAAUUCUCGGACUAUGCGAUCGUGUGGUGGGAUCAAUUGGUGACUAGCCGAAGGAGGAAUGGGGAGAGGCCUAUCUCUACGUGGGCCGAAAUGAAGGCCGUUAUGCGCAAGCGUUUUGUUCCCUCCUAUUACCAUCGGGAGUUGUACCAACGAUUGCAAAAUCUCACACAAGGCAACCGAAGUGUCGAGGACUACUAUAAAGACAUGGAAAUUGCUAUGAUAAGAGCCGACGUGGAGGAGGAUCGUGAAGCAACAAUGGCGAGAUUUUUAGCCGGCCUAAAUCGGGAUAUUGCCAAUAUCGUCGAGUUUCAACACUAUGUAGAAGUUAUGGACAUGGUGCAUAUGGCAAUAAAAGUUGAAAAACAAUUGAAACGGAAAGGACCCACGCAGACAUAUCCAACGACCUCUACCAACAAGUGGGCUCAAGGGACUAGCAAAGCCCCCAAUCAGCCUAAGAAGCCUUUCGUUGCCGCCAAACCCAAUCAAGUAAGUGCCGAUGCUAGCAAAAAUAAAAACGAGGCUGUCUCGAAUCAUUCUCGCGAUAUCAAGUGUUUCAAGUGUCAAGGAAGAGGCCACAUUGCGAGUCAAUGUCCUAAUCGACGAGUGAUGGUGGUUCGUUCAAAUGGCGAGAUUGAGUCCGAAGAUGAACAAGAGGAGGAGCCUGAAAUUCCCAUGGAGGAAGGUGAAGAGCUCGAGCUACCCGUUGAAGGAGAAUUACUUGUUGUCAAAAGGAGUUUGAAUAUCCAAGUAGCCAAGGAAGAACAACAACGAGACAACAUCUUUCACACCCGUUGCCAUGUUCAAGGCAAGGUGUGUAGUUUGAUUAUUGACGGAGGGAGUUGCACCAAUGUCGCAAGCUCUUUGCUUGUUGAAAAACUUGGUUUAGCCACCACAAAGCAUCCAACUCCUUACAAGCUACAAUGGCUAAAUGACGGAGGCGAACUCAAGGUGACGAAGCAAGCAAGGGUGGCGUUUUCCAUAGGCAAGUACCAAGAUGAGGUGGUUUGUGAUGUCGUACCAAUGCACGCGGGACAUUUGCUAUUGGGGCGUCCUUGGCAAUUUGACCGGCGAGUAGUCCACGACGGCUAUAUAAACCGAUAUUCAUUUAAGCACCUUGGAAGGAAUGUUACAUUAGCUCCUCUCACACCGAAGCAAGAAUUUGGAGAUAUUUUUCCCGAAGAAGUGCCAAAUGGCCUACCUCCCAUUCGAGGAAUCGAGCACCAAAUCGACUUUGUGCCCGGUGCUGCAAUUCCAAAUAGGCCAGCAUAUAGAAGUAAUCCUGAAGAAACGAAGGAAUUGGAAAAACAAGUAGCCGAAUUAAUGGAGAAGGGCUACAUCCGUGAAAGCUUAAGUCCGUGCGCGGUUCCGGUAUUGUUGGUUCCUAAAAAGGAUGGAUCUUGGCGAAUGUGCGUUGACUACCGCGCUAUCAACAAAAUCACAAUAAAAUAUCGCCAUCCUAUUCCCCGCCUCGACAACAUGCUUGAUGAACUUAGUGGAGCCCAAUUGUUUUCAAGAUCGAUUUAA